GCAAAACGCAAGUGGCAGAUACACAUAAAUUAUUGUUUUUAAAAGAAAUACUAAUAAGAUAAUAAUUCAAUUUUGUUUUAUUUAAGUGAAUAAAGCCAAAGAAAAAUGCAACUUGCCGAGGAACACAUAGAGAGUCAUUCUACGCAAGAGACCAAUAUGAGAACCAGAAGCUAACAAAGAAGUUUAAUUGAGAAAAAUCUGUAUUUUGAAGCCUAAAUUUAUCAGUGCCGAUGAGUCUCAGGAAAUGUGAAGCUACAUAAUUUUCUAAAACUAUGGGGUGUGUAAACAGCAAAACAGACAUCAAUGACACUCACCCAAACAUUUUUCAUGUUAUAAAUGUUAAUGAUCGUGGAAGGCCAUAUAGUAGAGGGAAACUAGAAGUUACAGAAACAGAACUGAUUCUCCACCAAAAAGGCAAAAAUCCUAUUAAAUGGCCUCUUAGAUCUUUAAGAAAGUAUGGAUGGGAUGUUGACACAGAUGUAUUUAGUAUAGAAUGUGGAAGGCGUAGUCCAACUGGACCUGGGUACUAUGCUUUUAAGUGCAGAAAAGCAGAACAGUUGUUCAAUAUGGUUCAGCAGUAUAUUAUAGGUGGAGUUCAGGAACAUAUACAUCACCCGAAUGUUGACAAUACAAAUCAGAACAUCGAUUUUUCCGUCAUUGGUGGACCUAUGGGACCUCCUGUACAAAGACGGCUAGAUGCACAAGCAACUGGAGUAGAUUCAGGACAUCUUAACCCUGUUCAAUCUAUGUCUAGGUCUCACACAAGUGGUUUCAGUCGACCAGGAUCAAUUUCGAGUAAUGGAGGUCAACUUAGUCCAACAACAAUAUCCCCUCCACCAAUUAUAGCUGUUCCCUCAGUGGAACACAACAACAACAAACGAAGCAGCUCAAUAAUCGAAAAUGGUAUUGGACCUCCAAACUAUGCAAACUUAGGGCCUGACACAGAUUCUACUUGCCAUGUAUAUAUGAAUGUUGAUACCAAAGAAAUUGUGAAUAGCCUAAGCCAAAAUAAUUUUAUAGAAAAUAGAGAAUACCAAAGAGAAGUUAGUGAGGAAGUGCACUGUUAUGCCAAUGUUGAUACCAGGGAUGUGGAUAGUUUACAACUUUUGCAGCAGCAGCAUAGUAACAUUUUGAUACCAAAUAAUAGCGAGAUAGUGCAAAUGUAUAUGAGCAACAGUGUACCUUGCACACCUACAGCUUAUAAUGAGACAGACUACAUGAUUGUACGGGAAGUAAAUUAUGCCGAACUUGAUUUAGAUUCAGCAAAAAAUAAUAAUGGAAACUACCUAAACGAAAAAACGGGAACAACGAUACCAAAACCUACCACAACCUUAUUAGGUUCUGCACUUCAAGAGAGUACGAGUCUGCAAAAGAAAAGUUAUGCAACUAUUGAUUUUCCAAAAACCAUCGCACUAAGCCAAAGUAUUAAUCCCAAAGCCGAAAUGGAAGAGGGAAGUAGAAAAACUAGACAUAAUUCUACAAUUAACUCAUUUAGUGACUAAAUUUAAUUCCAGUAGUGUAUACAUACAUAUAGACGAAUGAUUGGGAAAAUAUGAAUGAAAAAAAAAAAGAAAAUACAUUCAUAAAAAAAUUUAAUGGUUAAAAAUUAUAAUAUAGUUUGUAUUUUUGAAUUUUCUAGGAAAAAUGUGCAGUUUGCAUAUCAAAUUUAUUGAACACACAUAAAUGAGCACGAAAUGUAUUCCAAUUAUUGUACAGGAAAAUACUCUAUAUUAGGUUCUGAUAAGGCAAAUUAUUUUUUAUAAACAUUAGAACAACAAUUUAAGUUGAGUAACCUUGCCCUGUGAAAAGUUAAGUCAUCAACCAUGGCUCUAAUAAACGUAAUUUCCGAGUUGAUAUUAGAAACUACCAAAAAUUAGAAUAUUCUCAUACAUUUUUCAAAUCAUAUCUUUUUAUUUUCACAAUAUUUUUUUUGCCCCGAAUCUACAAAGAAAUAUUACAUAAAAUGCUAGAUAGCCUAUGUCAAAAUUUGAACAGAACAAUAUUUUUGCAUAUUAUGGAAUGUUUUUCAUAUAUAAAGGGGCGAAUGUAUACUGGAUGACAACGAAAUCGUUUUUAAGAGGUCGCCUUUAAUUGCCUUUUAAGUGGGAAAUUUAAAAGAUGGGUUGAAGCCAUAGCUGUGAAGCCAAUAUUGUAACUGGCGAGUUGAAAAGAAAAAAGUUAAGGAUGCAAGAAGCUGUGUAACCUUGGUGACUUAAAAACUUAUGUUUUUAGUUACAAGAGGUUGAAAAUUAAUUGCUUUAUAAUAAUAAAGAUGCGCGCUUUCAGUGGCCAACAGAGGAUUAGUGAAUGAACUGCAUGGAUUGUAAACCAUGUGCGCUGCAAAAUCGAUAAAAUUAUAUAAACAUCUAUUUUUCGAUAUGACAUAUCCGUCCAAAAAAUGAAACUGCUGUUUUCACCAUUUUUUUUCAUGUGUUUUAAAGGAAAAAUAUUUCUACUUCUGACACUAUUUUUGAUGCAUAAAGAUCUGGGUAGAGAUAACCAAUAGAAUAACAAAUUAUUUUAUAUUUUUCAAUGUAAGUAGGUACAUAAUUUCCAAUUUCUCUAGGACUCUUGAUGAUUUAUAAAAUAUGACAUAUUAUGCAAUAGCUCGAAUGCCACCUAAUCUUGUCACCACUCUUUCAUGUGUUUAUUUGGGGUCGUAUUUUCGAAUAAUCUCGCCUACGAAAUUUGAUAUGAUUUCGAAUGCUCCCCAUUUAAUAUACAUUGCUGUCAAUCAAAUUUCGUGUACGAAAUGUAUUCGAAUGAAUUCGAAAAUACGACCCCUGAUAUUUGAGCAUUCAAUUGACUGUAGGUUCACAAUUAAGCCCUGUAGUAUACAAUACAAGUUUGCACUGGAAAAGCUUAAUGAGCAUCUAAUAGUAAAAGGCUACAUUUUGUCAUUAUAUCAAUUAGCUUCUGUCAAAAUUUAGUCCAAAAAUUGAAAACUAUUGGUUAUGGAGAUGAAAGUUACAGUAAAAAUUCCUCAUUGAAAGUAUAUACAGUAGGAUGCAUUUGUGAUGAGGUAUCACCCUGUGAAAAUCAUUACUUGCGCUAUUUAAAUCUUUUUUUUUUGAAGAGUCAAAGUCAAGUCAAGAUCUAACUCUACAAACGCGUUUCGGUGUUCUUGCACCUCCUCAGUAGAAUCCAGAUUGAAAACCAGAACCAGUAUUUGUUUCUUUUGUAGAGAUCGAAAAACUGUACCUAUUUCAAAUGCAAAUAAUGCUAUAUUUCUAUAAAAGCCGAGGCCUACAGCGUCAUGUUUUAUAAGUAAAAUUUUAAAAAUUCAAUUAGUGUUUUUUUUUUGAAAAAUCUGUUCACGCCCCUGGAUUUCCCUAACGCACAAGUCGUGAGAUAAUGACGCCCGUUGAUGUAAAGAAUAUAAACUAGAGGUGAAACGGAUAUCCGGAGAUUAUCCGUUAUCCGGCCUAAAUUUAAUAUUCGGCCGGAUGCCGGACAGUAGCUUAAUAUCUGGCUGGAUACCAAAUAUUCAAAAACAAUGCCCUAACAUCAACUUUAAUACAUGAAUAUUAGUGUGGUAAAUAAUAACAAAAUGGCCUAUAAUUAUGACUGCUUUUAUUUAAAGAUGUAAAACGUCGUGAAGAACAAAAAAGAACCUUCUAAAAAAACUGAAAUUACCUUAAUUUUUAAUACUCAAAAUUAACAAGUAGGUAGUGGUAAAUUACGGUGAAUAAAGACCAAAUUUUCAGAGUUUGCAGGCAACAGGCGAUUUCACUUGUUUUCGUACACCGGAUAUUCGGCUAUCCGUUUCAUCUCUAAUAUAAACUCGCAUAUUAAUAAGAACGCUUUAUAAAGUUGCAAAUCGAAGAGAAUGAAAAAUUUCAGCUAAUGAACGAUGUUAGCAUAUUGUUAUUAUAUUGUCUUACUAAACUGAUCUCAAUUGAUUUGAAAUAAAAAAUCUAAAAUCAAACCAAUCCACAGUAAAGUAUUUUUGCUGUUGCAUAAUAUGCUACAUUUUGCUCAGAGAUAAUCAAAUUGUUCCAAAGGCAUUCUUAUAUUAUCCUUAUUUCUUAUAGAUUGAUUACCUACCCUGCGCGAAUCGUUUCAGAAAAAAAAAUAUGUAUGGCCAACAUUCUGUUUUAUCCCAUGUAACCCCUCCAUUGAUAAUAUAGCCACUUUACGAUACCAAAGUUCUAAGGUUUGGACUGUCUGGACAGUCGCUGCAGUCUGCAGUACCCCACAAAGCAUGAAUUUCGUCAGCAGAAUAUGACUAGCAUUAUGAUUAUUUAGAGGUAUUCGAUAGCUUUCUAAGUCGCAUGUUAAUCGCCAAAAUUACUUUUUUUUUAUUAUUUUUAUCUGUGAUAUUUGAGCUUUGUUAUCUAAAUAUUUUGCCCCAACUUUCUGCACAAUUCGGAAAUGAAAAGUGUUCUAUUAUUGAUGUUAUUGAAUACAUUUUUCAUUAAUUUUUUUUUUUUUAGUUUUUGGGAGUUUGAAGACAGAUUGUUGUUUUCCAAACGAUAUAGGUAGCUGAUUUUUUGUAUCUAAUAAAUUUCAAGCUAAGCUAUGAAAUUUCAAAAUCUCAAUUUUUCGAAAAACUGAUAAAGUAAUGGUUAGUAGUAACUGUAGCUGAUGAUGCAAUUUGAUAUUCAACUACAGUAGAACUGGGGCUAUAUUGAACGCUUGGUUUUAACAAAAAAAAACGAGGUUCGUAUAAACACGUGUUUCUGUGACUGGAUAUAAAGAACAAAUGAUCGCUUUUGACUUAGUAUUCUAUGGGACAAGACGGAGGAAACAGCUGGUCGGAUCGGAUAUUGCGAACAAUUAUGCGCAGGAUCGACUAUCCUGGUCAAUUAUUUAACAGUGAUAUCAAGCCACCAUGUCAAUCCAUGGAUCAAAAUUAAUUUAAUUUAAAUCAUUUUGUAACAAUUGAUAAUAGUGCAGUAACCACUGAACUGAGCCUCUAACUCUGAGAUACCUUCUAUUGCUGGAACAGGGUCGGUGAUACGAAAAAACUACAAGAGAACAAAAAGUUUCUGAAUAAGGUAGAAAAAAGUAUCACCCUGUAGAUUCUGGCAAACGUUUGCAUUUGCAAAUCAUUUAGCUCCUAUUGCAUAACCUAUAUACCUACCAAAUUUAAGCUAAAUCCCUCAAAAAUUGCAGGAGCUAUAAAGAAAAAACUAAAAAAAUAUUGAAAUUUCAACACCCUAUAGACUGUAGAUCGGUAACGGAGCGUUUGCGGACCUAAAGUUUGUUUCACGAGGGUUUGUACUUACGUCAUCAUUUGCCUUUCUUCUUUAACAAAUAAAAAUUGACUGAAAUAAAUUAAUGACGUCAUUAACAUUCGUCGGUUCUUAAAACUAUACCCCGUAUUCUCGUAACCGGGAAAAAGCGUCCUCAAGAGAACGAUCGCUCUGUCUUUGUCAGUAUUAUGGAAAUAACAACAUGGAUAAGACAGAGCAAUCGUUCUUUUGAGAACGCUGAUCCCCGGUUACGAGAAUGGGCCCAGAAGUCAUUCAUUAAAUUUGUCAAAAAAAUUGGUUGUGUCAAAACACGCGUAAAUUUAAAAAAAUCUUACAUUUGGGAUUAAAAUUACUAUUUCGGUCCCGCUGUAUAUAAUACGCAGUUAAUGGAUUUAUAUAUAGGGUUAUCCAAGUUCACCUUGAUAAAAUAAAUUUAAAAAAAAAAAGACACUAAAGAUUGAGAUUGCGAUAAAGUUUUUAUGGCAUUAUUAAGUGUGAUUAUUGCCAAUAUGUGUGAAUUAUAAUAUCAUUUGAAUAUCCUCCACGGGACCUCCUGCAGGACUCAGUCCUGUUGAGGUUAUUUUGGCAACUUUUUGGCACAUUUCAGGCAUAUCCCGGUCAUAGCUUGACGAAUAUUGUUUUUCAACGAGUCAAUCGUUGGAAGGUUGUUGGCAUAAACACGAUCUUUCACAUAUUCUCACAUGAAGAAGUCCAACGGUGUUAGAUCACAGGACCGUGUGAUGUCAAUUCACAUCAGCCAACCUCAAAAUUACUCGUCCUGGAAACUUUUCUUUUAACAAAGCCCGAUUAUCUCGUGUUGUGUGAUUUGUGGUCCCGUCUGUGGUGGUAAAACGUUCCAUAUUCUAGAAUGGCAUCCAUCCAACUAAACAACUACCUGUUUUGUUAACAUGUGUUCUUGACCGCUAUCAAAUGUCACCCGUGUACUUUCUCAAGCACAAAAUGGAUAACCCUAUAUUUUCGGAUCACUAAAUGAACUCCAUUCUAAGUUAAAAAAUUUAUUACAAAACAAUAAUAAUUUCGAAGGUGCUCUAUGAAUUAAUCUACGACAAACCCUUUUUUUCCAAGUUAUGACGUCAUCGAUGACGUAAGUAGAAACCUUCGUGCGACGAACUAUAUAUGUUUAUUCGAAAUUUCAGACUUAAAAAAACGUAUUUGUUGAAAAAGGAAGGCAAAUGAUGGGGUAAGUACAAACCCUCGUGAAACAAACUUUUUGAGUGCGUCAUUUCCUUUCCAUCAAACCACACCAAAAAAAAAAUGGUACUAUUCCACUCCUCAAAGGACCCCGCAAUAUUUAAAUGGAAAUUGGUUACCCGUGAUUUUUGGAUGAAAUUUAAAUAUGUUAUUGGGGAUGCCGUAAGCAACAUUUUUUACCAUGGGCACAACCCUGUAUAUAUGACAGGUAUGGCGUGGUUAGCUGUCAAAUAUUGGAAUCUUAUAUCCAAAAGCAGAGUAACUAUGGCAGAUUUUGAUGAACAAAAAAGCUAUUUCUACUAAGUCGACCAAGUUAAGUCGAAAAAUGCCAACCAUUUUGAUACCUGUCAAAACCCUGUCAAACGGCAGCACUCAUCUUUUCCAUUUUUCAAUAUUUUAUGAUGUCAUUUGACAUUUUUAACUUGUAUGUGAAUUCCGAAUUCAAAAAUUGAGAAAAAAUAAUGACAGAACUGUCAAAACCUGUCAUUUGUUUUAGUAGAAAAAAAAACCUCUAUUCUGGUUCUUACUCGUUUUAAGGUAGUUUAUUGGUGAUAAAACAUUAAGCAAACUCAAUAUAAACCAAAAAAAUAUUAACAGAUUCUGACAGUUGUCAAAAUGUGACAUGCAUGAACUUUGUUUUAUGUUUUAUCACCAAUAAACUACCUUGAAACAAAAAAGAACCAGAUUAGAGUAUUUUUUUCUACUAAAACAAAUGACAGGUUUUGACAGUUCUGUCAUUUUUUUUUUUCAAUUUUGGAAUUCAGAAUUUACAUAUAAGUUAAAAAUGUCAAUGACAUCAUAAAAUAUUGAAAACUGGAAAAGAUGAGUGCUGCCGUUUGGCAGGGUUUUGACAGGUGUCAAAAUGUUUGGCAUUUUUCGACUUAACUUGGUCGACUUAGUAGAAAUAGCUUUUUUGUUCAUCAAAAUCUGCCAUAGUUACUCUGCUUUUGGAUAUAAGAUUCCAAUAUUUGACAGCUAACCACGCCUCACCUGUCAUAUAUACAGGGUUGUGCCCAUGGUAAAAAAUGUUGCUUACGGCAUCCCCAAUAGCAUAUUUAAAUUUCAUCCAAAAAUCACGGGUAACCAAUUUCCAUUUAAAUAUUGCGGGGUCCUUUGGAGCCUUGAGUUGCGUCUAUGAUUAUUCAUAAAGAGAACAAGCAUUUUAUUGGAAAAUAAAUACACUUGUGCACAAAAAAGUUAUCCAAGACUUAAAGAUGCCUAACUAGUCUCGUUUUCUAAUAUUUUUAGUUUUGAAGUGCUAAGAAACGCAAAAAAUUUACUGAACCUAAAAUUUUAGAAAAUAUUGCUUUGUGCACGAAAAAAUGUACGCUAUAUUAUGCUCAGUGAUUAUACAAGUUGCUUUAAUUUUCUGCCACUUCGAAAAUUAAAAUUUACUGUAUAGGAUAAGGAUUCAGUAAACGAAAACCCUACCUAAAGUCUUUCAUAUUUUAAAUGAAAAAAAUAUUUAGAAUUUUUUUCAAAGUUCAAGUAGAGUGUAAAGAGUGGUUAGAUAAUGUACUGUAGUUAUUACUGCGUGAUUAUAUAUUAAUCUAGUUUAAUUUGUUUCAGAAAGGAAAAGUUUUAUCAAUUGUAAUUAGACUUAAGUUCCUAAAAUGAUCCUAUUAGCUAUCAGCAACUGAAAAUAUAGGCCAAUACAAUAAAUGAUCUGCGAUCUGAAUAAUUCUGGUAUAGUUUCAAUUUUUCAAAAUGUUUUUUUUUUAUAAACUGAUCCGCUGAGCUACCAAACCGUCGGUUUCCACUGUAGCAGAUAGAAAAAUUGAUUUAAUUUGACAAUUUUUCUUUUCUAUAAUACUGACACAUUGUCAGCUUAUUAAGGCGCGUAUUCAUACAGCGAACGAAGGCGAAGAAAUUGGCUCAAGUGAAUUUGUUUGGCGUUUGCUACAAGCGAAAGGAUGGUUCACAUUCAUUCCUUUAUUUUCGCGGGUAUAGGUAUUUUGUUUUUAAUAGUAAUGCCGAGAUUAAAGCUUAAUAAAAAAAAAUGGCGUCGCAGCAGGAUGUAUCUAAUUAUUGCAAGUUUAGCGUAUAUUACUAUAAGUUAAGUAUAUCCGAUAAUAGGAUUUCAAGGCCGAGGAGGAAAAAGCGAUGGCGGAUGACUUCCUUGUUCACUUCAAAAGUAGAAGUCAUCACAGAAAAACAGACCCAAUGAGUGAUCUAACAGCUGAAAUGUGUGCCAUGGAAUCUUUCAAAAUUUUUGUAGAAUGAACGCUACUGAUUUUAAAUGGUUAUUAAAUCAAAUUGGUUCUGAAAUUGCAAAACAAGAUAUAUUACAUCAUGAAGAGAAGCAAUACCGCCAACAGAAAGGUUAAAGGUUGUCGCUCACUGGAGCGCAGCGCACGGCAGCGCGGCGUAGAGGACUUUUUAAAUACAUUGUUUUAAAUGGGAGUACGCUCACCUGUCGGAAGAGCACCGAUCGGCAUACUCCCAAUGUAUUAUGAAAAGUCCUCUACGCCGCGCUUCCGUGCGCUGCGCUCCAGUGAGCGUCAGCCUUAAUGGUUACUUUGCCAUACCUUGAUACAGGGGACUCAUUCACAAGUUUGAUUUACACCGAAUACUGCUGUCAAGCUGUCAAGCAACGAAUUCUUCCCAAAUUUUCCCCUGUUGGGCGAACUACUCUAGCGAAGGCGAACAAACGCGUUUGGUCAUGUUUGUUGUGAUGUCUACAUUAACUGAACGAAUUUGUUCGGCCGCAUCUAUUCGCGUUCGUUCGGUGUAUGAAUACGCGCCAUUAGGAAAUUUACUUUUUCGACAUUUUUUUUUCCAGAAAUUGAUAUACCUAUCAGCAAAGUUUUAUACAGAAAUUUGAAACAGUUGCACUUUCAACUUUCUUGCAGGUACCAAACUAUGUAUUUUUGGUAUGACAGCUCUCAAAGUUUAUCCAAUUUCUUGUUUAUAAUUUAUUCCCUAUGGCAUUGAAAAACGGCCAGAGUUACUCUUGAAAUUCAAAACAGUCUCCAUCAUUACUGAAUAUACUGGGAAGUCUGUAAAUAUUUCAGAAUGAAAAUCACUUAUUUUAUUUUAUAAUUAUUAUGCUUUCCUGGCCUAUGGUCUAUCUUCUAAAACGCCAGUAAGUACUUACCUACUAGUGUUUGGGCGAUUUUUAUUUUUCUAAACAAAACGAGUUCUCGAUCUACAUAUUUCCAUUUUAUUCCCUAACCAAUUCAGUUUUUGCAAGACUAAUAUGAUCAUUUUAGGUGUUCAGUGUUGUCCCUAUACAGGGUUUCUGUUUUUCGAGCAACCAUUAGAAUUACGGAAAUGGUAACAUAUACAGGUUCGGUUAAACUUUGACAAUUUCUUGCUCAACAAAAUGUCAUAAUAGGGUACUACCAGAUUUCCAGAGAUAUCCUCACAAAAUUAUGCAAAAUCUUUUUUUUUUUUCAAUUCUGAGCUUAUUUGAAAAGAUCUUUUAAAAUAAAUUUCAUUCCAUUGGAGCAUCUUUUUCUUUUCUACACAAUGGAGCAGUUGAAAUCCAAUCUUUCGUCUUUGGUCGAUCAUCAUCAACUUUGCUUUGUUGCUUGUUUUUUUUUAAUACUGACCUUUUAACAUAAAUCAAUGGAAAAAGGUGGCCCUGAUAAAGUGAAGUUUAUUUUUAAAUAUUUUUUCUUGAGCCCAGGAAAUACUGAGAACGAUCUGGCAAAAUGGAAAUUUUGGAAUGCUUCAAAUUUCGAAUCCGCAUUUUGUUAGGCAAAGAAUUACGCAAAUUUGCCCCCGAAUAACGGACACCCUACUAUAUAGGAAUUAAGAAAAAGUAUCUCGGCCUAUUUAAACAAGCCCUUAGAAUAUAGUUAGUGUAUAAUAAAGGCAACUAGUUACUAUUACAAUAUUCAAGGCAAUAGUAAAAAAUGGAGGUGUUUAUCAAUAUAAGAACUAUAAAAAUCCAAGUAUUUUUAUGAAAAAGCUUUAAAUAAAUGUCUGUUUUUCACCUCUCCAUUGAAAUGAUAAAUAUAAUGGUGCCUAAAUAACUCUACAAAGAAGCCAAACACGAAAACUUGUUUUAGGUAUAUAUUUGUAAAAAAAUUACUUUAUCCCCAUUAGUGUACCAAAGUAAAAAGAGUGUCCAUGUUAUGCCAAAAAUUAGAUUAGACAGUUGAUAUAGUAGUGCCCUUAUAGUUAUAGAGUAAUUUAUUUUAAGCAGAGCUGUAAAAAAAUGUAAUAAUUUUUAAAUAAAGAUACUUUUUUU